AGCUUGUGCAGGAACAAAGUACGGAAGUCAUCCGUGUCACUGGCAAAGCGGAAAACGAUACAAUAUCUCUCAAGAGCGAGGGAGGGAGAAGUACAAAGGUACCGCUGUCGGUGAAGAUUCUUUCGGUUGCGAUGGUGACGGCCAUUGGAUUUGGAUCUGACUGGAGCUCUGGCGUUACUGGUGCUAUGAAAAGCACACUGAAGAAGGUACACCAUCUCGUUCAUUGCGUUUAUGGCUAAGACGUUAUGGGCGCAGGAUUUGGACAUCAACAACACUAAGUAUGCGCUGUUAUCAGGCAGUGAAGAUUUCAUGAAGACUGCUCUGAUUCUUUUCAGUGGCAUAAUCACAGACCGUAUUGGUGGGGCAGGUGCUAUGCUUUACGGCAAUGCCAUUUACAGCGUCGGUGCUAUCCUCAUCGCUGCCGCCACUACUGUCCGUAGUUACAAGUUCAUGAUUCUCGGGACCGUUAUCCAGGCUUUCGGUGAUAUCGCGACCCAAGUUGCCCAGUACAAAGUGUUCAGCUCCUGGUUCGCGCCUUCGAAUGGUUUUGCUUCAACUCUCGGCUUUGAGUUAGGUGUUGGGAAAAUCGGAUCUUUUGUUGGAAAAGCCUCAGCCAACAUCAUUGCCGAAAACAUGGGUGACUUCAGCUGGGUAUAUUGGAUGGCUGUUGUCAUGAACGUCUUCACCAAUGUGGUGACAUUGAUCUUCUGGUUCUUCACCCGAUGGUGUGAGAAGAGGUACUCAGCAAAACACGAUCCCGCUACGGGCGAAAAGCUCACCGAGAAAAAUGAUCACUUCGAGAUUCGAAAAAUGCUUCAACUGCCUUGGCCAUUCUGGUGUAUCAUCGCAUUCACUGCAUUCCAAACAUCGUGUGCAAUCGUUUUUACCAAUAACGCAACGGAGAUGGCUGAACAGCGUUUCGACGUUUCUGCCGUCACUGCGGGCUGGUACAGCGCUAUGGCUCAGUACAUGGGUUUCUUCCUCGUUCCAUGUUUGGGUGUCUUCAUUGACAUACUUGGGAAUCGCCUGAGCGUUAUGGUCAUAUGUGGCAUCGGUAUGUUCAUAGCAAUGUGCUUGGCUAAAUGGGGUCCAACAGUUUCGGGGACGGCGGCCUCUUUUGGCAUUUACGCCGUUGCAGAAAGCUUAGGGCCUGUUGUCAUCAUCGAUAGCAUUCGCACUACAAUGUGGUAUCAAGAGGUUUUUGGCUCAGGCUAUGCAAUCAAGAUCGCAGUGAACAACAGCAUGAAUAUCAUCGUUGGAAUUGUCGCCGCCGUUAUCCAGGAUAAAGACGACAACAGUUACAACAACGUUGUCGGUGUGUACGUGUUUCUAGCCGCGGGGUCAAUGCUCGUUGGAAUUGCUUCAUUCGUGGUUGGGUAUUUCUUUAUAGAUCUAGGACGCCUACAGUGGACGAAGAAACAUCGCAUUCGUUACGGCGAGCUAAUCAAUGCUCAGAAGGAAAAAUUCGAGGAAGGUGAUGCGGGAAAGAAGAAUAGGGCUUUCAGCGUGUCAAUGUUCACGGUCGUGAUACUCUUAAUUUUGGGGGCUUGGGCGACUUAUUUUGGGGUCUGGCAACUGGAAAUAAUAAUGCAUAGUACAAUUCCGUAGCGGAAUGUCGACUUCACAUACUGCCCGUUUUACAAGUAAUGAAUAUAGUAUAAGGUACAUAGCUUUGCAAAGUCAGAGGGGCAAACCUAGUGAAGCUUGGAUGCCACACAACUAAUUGGCGUCGUAAUUACCACAGAGCCGUGUAUCUAUCUGUCUAUCUAUCUGUCUAUCUAU